AUGGUGCUGGUGCUGGUGGUGCUCAUCCCGGUGCUGGUGAGCUCCGCCGGCACCGACGGCCGCUACGAGAUGCUGGGCACCUGCCGCAUGGUCUGCGAGCCCUACGGCCCCGCCGCCCCCCCGCAACCGGCGGAGCGAGGCCCCCUCCCGCCGCCCUCCACCCUGGUGCAAGGUCCUCAAGGCAAACCGGGGCGAGCGGGGAAACCGGGACCGCCGGGGCCGCCGGGAGAACCGGGACCUCCGGGACCGGCGGGGGCACGGGGGGAAGCGGGGCGACCGGGGCCGCCGGGCUUGCCGGGACCGGGGGCUACGGGCGCGGUGAGCGCCGCCACCUACAGCACCGUGCCGCGGGUCGCCUUCUACGCCGGCCUCAAGAACCCCCACGAGGGAUACGAGGUGCUCAAGUUCGACGACGUGGUCACCAACCUGGGCAACAGCUACGACUCCGCCUCGGGCAAGUUCACCUGCGCCAUCCCCGGCACCUACUUCUUCACCUACCACGUCCUGAUGCGCGGCGGAGAUGGCACCAGCAUGUGGGCCGACCUCUGCAAGAACGGCCAGGUCCGGGCCAGCGCCAUCGCUCAGGACGCAGACCAGAACUAUGACUACGCCAGCAACAGUGUCAUCCUGCACCUGGAUGCGGGCGACGAGGUCUUCAUCAAGCUGGACGGGGGCAAAGCCCACGGAGGCAACAACAACAAGUACAGCACCUUCUCCGGCUUCAUCAUCUACUCGGACUGA